GACGUGGAGACGGCGAGCGCGGGCUGAGUGGCGCGAGCGAGGGAAUCGACUCCUCGAUUCACCGGUUAUGCCGGCGUGAUCGAUUCUUGCUGCCGCGUCGCAGUACGGGUUGUUAAAGUAAUGUUUUGCAUUAACGGUCACUGAAAGGGGAAAACCCAUUACCGAUUUGUCGCACACAUAGAAAUCUAUCUCAACAAACGUGGCAUUUAGUUUUUGAAGUGAAUAAUGAAUGGAGCUGCCGUGGUCGUAAUCAUCGAAUUGGAAUCGAUUGGUAUUCGAAUCGGUCUACCGUCGUUGCAGUUAAAUAAAACAAUGGCAAAAGGUGGCUUAAGUAUGAAGAAUGUAAAUUGUGAGGCGCACAAUGUUUCACGGACAAAACGUGACCGUGACUGAGGCGGCGCGGUAGCCACGGUCAAGUGCCCGCUCGAGAGCCAAGUUCAAGUUGAGCGAAACGGGCUGACAAGUCUGUCGUCGCCGCCUUUGAGGGAUGAUGAGUCUCCGUGUUGAGUGUUCUCGUCCGCGCCACCGACGACAGAGCGGCGUCACUUGCAGAGAAGCAGAGACGCCGCUGCGGGCUGGAAGUGGAGGGAAACUUGCGCGCUGCCCAGCGGUCAUCGAGCUCCCUGGCGCCAGCCUGGGCACGGCGCGUGUCCGAGGUGGAGGCCAGGACCCCUGGCCUUGGAGCUUCCCACUCGCAGCCCCAGGCGGCGUUGAUGCUGGCGCAGGGCGCGAGACAGAAGGAAAAGAGAGGCGGCGCAACGAGCGGAGCGACGGCAGCAGCACUGCCACGGAGUGCAAGACACGGAGCGAAGCUCGAGUCAGGGACAGUUGGGGCGGAGCGGAGACCCGCAGAGAGGGCGGGCGCCAGCAGUGGAGCAGUGGGCACCAGCAGUGGAGCAGUGGGCACCAGCAGUGGCGCGGCCUGCUUGAAAGAUUUGUGUCCCGAAGAUAAGCGUCGCGUCGCCAAUCUCGUUCGAGAGCUAGCCAGGUUGAGUGAGGAGAAGGAGCUAUGUGAGGGCCGUCUCUCAGCGGAGACACUUUCGUAUCAGCAGAAGCUCCAGCAGGUGGAGGAGAGGCAGGAACUCAUUCUGAAGGAGAGGGAGGCCUUGCGAUUGCAGUACUCGGAGUGCCAGCAGCUGCUGCUUGCGUACCAGGAAGAGCUUUCUACGCGCACACACUUGAUCGGCAUGCAGGCCCGUGCAGAAAAUCACGCGACAACUCCAGUGGCCCAGCUCUUUCUUGGUGCUGCUGAUUUUGGCAGCCCUUCCUCGGUCAGGCCACGUAUUGCACUUCUCCCGGCUCGAGACACAGACAGGCAAACUGAGACGUCGAUGGGAAGUCAGGCAGCAAUGGCACGUGGCUUUUACUCCCCGAGGGAAUAUGGAGUUCCCGAUGGGAACCGCACAGGUACUCCAGCUGUAAUUCAUCCGGUAGUUCCUGCUGGAAUGCGGUCUGGGAAUGCACAGGGAAUGGCAUCACAGUUGUGUCCCCCUCAUCAUGUGUCUUUAUCAGUGGGACAGGGGCAGGCAAACAGUUCUCACCAUGAGGCACCAUCAGCACAGGGUGGUGAGAUAGAGAGCAGGAUGCUUUAUACACACCCACCAAAUGGGUUCACACUACCGCUUUCUUUAUCUCCCUCGCAGAGUUCCCACCACCACAUAGCACGACCCAACUUCCAACAGCUGUCGGCGCACACCGUCCAUAAUGCACCCGAACGUAAUUCAGCAGCACAUAGCCCCCUGCAGAGACCGACACACAGCCAUGCACAAAACGGAGGGAUUGGGCAAGAUGGCAAUCCGAGGUUUGACCUCGAGGCAGGUACUGUCAAAACAAUGACACAAAAGGGGAGCUUCCAACCAUCGGCAUCGGUGAGUGUUGUUUCUUCCCCAGUUCCAAGACAAGGUACUACAAAAGGGGAACUGGUACAAGAAGUAGGAAAUAAAGGAACCCUAGUAAGAAGUGACGCCUUGAUGUUAAACAGCGACAGCAGGAAUCAUGCUAGAGAUGAAGGGAUGAUGAGGCAGAGUAAAGGUAGGAGUAGCGACGCAGACUCAGGGUGGCUGUGUGAGGACGUUGGAGUUAACGGACAGAAUGAGAAGCAGGGGGAGUGUGUUCCUGCUGAGCACUCUGUCAUGCCAACAGCAACCGUCCGGAGAAAUGUUCAUGAGCAAGGAGAGAUGGCGAGGGUCCCCGAGGACAUGCAUGAGAGCAGAUCGCGUCGAGAAUACGAGAGAUUAGCGGACGUCAGCCAGGGAAGGGGCGGAAUUGAGAGGAAUGGCAGGAUGAAGGUGCUGCAGGAAUGUGAGAGAAAUGCCGGGAGAGAAAAUGUAAGCGAACUAGAAGAGGCAAGACCUGCAGUGCAAAGACAACGGCUGGAGUUGGUUGAGAGGAGGCAAGUUGAGGUGGGAGGUGAAGGUGGUACAAGUGACGGGGUGCGGAAUCGUGCGAGGGAGGUGCAAGAGGGGUGCGAUGGUCGUGGAGCCGCUGGGUCCACACGCGCAAUUAAGGCGGACGUGGAGAAGCAGCGGCGGGAGCUUGAGUGGGAGAGGGAGCGGCUGAGCCAGCUGCUGGCGCAGCAGGAGGCGCGAUUGGCAGCUGCACGAAAGCGACAUGGAGCACCCCCUCACUCGCGUCAAGAGACGGCUGGAAGUUCCCACGUUCCCAGUUUCCUGCCAGCGCUAACGAGGUCUCCUUCACCCCAAAGGUACGACGGGUCGGUGUACUCGCUGGGUGAGUCGCUGACUACCUCUCCGAGUCAUGUCAUCAGUGAGUGUUUUUUCAAGCCAGCGAGACGACGCAGACCUGGGCCGGAGCCCUUCCAUCCAAGUGCAGUGCCAGGGAUCUCAGGGGACAACUAUGAGGAAACGCGGCUGCUGGAGGAUGUCUUCUUUAUUUGCUGACUCUGUUUGGUGUGCGAUUGGCUACGCUGGUUCAUGACCAAUGGGUGUGAGUCUGGGAUGUCUACAUCCUGUCAUUUUGCUCUGAAAGCCCAAGUAUUUUGCUGCUCAAAUUAGCAAUGAAGCGUUGCUCAUCACCUGUUAACAACCCUGAGCCAGUGGUGGAAAUGUCACAUUCACCUGGUGGGGCCGAGUUUCUCGAUUGGACAACCACUGUUGACUUCCCCACAAAGUGGAUACUUUUGAUUUAAAGCUUUCGUGACUGCAGUAAUUCAUAUUCUUAGCUCUUUCGGUAAAGGCACGUUGAAGGGAAACAAAAUAUAUAAAAAAAUAAAUUGUUUUAUAUAUAUAUUAUUCUUUUGUUGUUUCCCUUCAACGUGACUUUACCGAAAGAGCUAAGAAUAUAAAGUGGAUACUCUUUUAAAGACCCAGGAAGGAUGUUGAGUUGAGUCGACCUCUGACCUAGAAUUGACCUCGGGGUCUUCCGAUUGCGAGCCACUCGCUCUCCAUCUGAAUUACCUGGCUGAUAGUGAGAAUAAAAGCCUUUGCUGUUCUAUUCAGAUUUCUAUAUUGUAAAAAAACUAUUGCUUAAUAUUUUGCAUACUCUGGCAUUUCCAUCACAAUUGGAUGAUGUUAACAUCAAUAAUAAGUUUGUGCUCGUUGCAUUUACAGUUUUAUUAUCCUCAAGAUUUUCAUGCAAUAUUUUCAUGAUUUUGUAACAUAACUCUGUCGUAUUUUUGUAAUUGUGUUCAAUUGACCUAUGAAGAAUAACAUUUUGUAUAUUAUGGAUGUAUAAUUCUAAUUGUUUGAAAUGUAUUUUUAAGAGUAAAAUAAUGCUAACUUAAGCAACUUUUGUUUUUUAAACGUUUUUUUUAAGUUAAUCUUACUUGAGAGUGGUAACGAAAGACAAAUAUAUUGCACAAUCAUAACCGUUACUCCGGGGCAAGGGAUGGCAACCAAACUAACGAGAAGAGACAUUGUUUUCCAAUUCGGUUAAAAUACUCCAUAUUUCAAGAGUUGUGAAAACGAGAAGCAGUCCUUGAGCUGCAUGCGGCUCCGGAGCCCAAUGCUACCGACCCCUGCCCCAGGGACUCGCACAGUAUUUAUUAUUGUGAAGUUGGCGCUUCAAGUUGUCACCCUUGAACAUGACCAAUUUGUUCUGGUCACCAUUCUAAGUGUGUUGAUGGGCCUGGAGAGAAGUCUGCCAACCGCUUGCUCCACCCACGAUAUCAACAGCCACGGUUGUGAUAUCACUGCACAGUUGAUUGACAAUACAUUUCUUAUUAUUGAGCCGUAAAAAAAUAUUUCAUUGUGUCCUGUCAAGGACGAGAUAUUAACUUUGGAGUCAACUUUUUAAAAAUGCAAAAUGGUGGAGCUAAUAGCAAAAAAUAUGCCCACUCGAUUCACUGUGUUAGGGUUUGAGCAUGGGGCAACUUGGACCAUCGAAAUGACUGGAGACACGGCGGUGGUCACCCCGCUCGAGAAUGGGAUGCAACUGGUGAUAUUGUGUCGAUGGGUCAUUGAAGACGCGAAGAUAGAAACAAGCGAGUUGCGUUCACGACCAACAUUGCUCGCGGUCCCUUGGAUGAUCUUUGCCACGCGAGUGCACAAAUCAAAAUGUCCACAAGGUGGCGCUUUGUAGUCACGGAGCGAUCCAGUGUUGCCACCGUUCUUCUGCAGUCGGGGAUGCGUUUCAGGUUCAAACAUUUAGGAUUGUUUUUUUAUCGUCUUAAGAUGUAUAUAUUUUCAUACUGUAAUGUGCCUUCGUGAUUUCCAAAGUGACGUCACCUGAUGACACCACUUUUGGAUAGAAGAGAAUGAAAGUGAAUUACCCUUGGGCCUAAUGUCUGCGUUGCUAUGAAUCUGAGAGCUGGGGCAGAUUCCGAUCCUUGAGUGGGAUCUUAAACGUCCACUUUUACUGUCUGCAGGAUUCCAACUGCGAUCUAUUGGGUCAGCAGGGGACAUUUAUCAAUCUCCCAUUGAGCAAAGGUUGACUGCGCAUACAGAUGAGAAAACUACUUUAGAGACCUAGACGCACAAAACUGCAGUAUUCUGUAAUAAAGUUCAACACAACCAUCA